AUGAUUCUCGUCGAACUCGACGAAGAUGACGUUUACGAAGUUGAGACAGCCCUCGACAACUUCAAAGAACUUGAACUAGAUGGUGAUGAAGUUGGCCAGGACAAUUUCUCCCUGCCGUCAUUGCGGUCCCGACUUGAAUUCGCCGCGAAUACGGUUCAUCAAAGUGGCGGCGUUGCAGUUCUGCGCGGUCUUGAUCCCUCAAGAUAUUCUGUGGAGGACAACACCAUCAUAUUCCUGGGGCUCUCAAGUUACAUCGGGGCUCAAAGGGGGAUCCAGAAUCCUAAAGGGCUUGUUCUCUCCCACGUCACGGAGCUCAAAUCAUGGUCCACGCCGCGAGAACGUCGCCAUGGAAUACAUACGAACCGCGAGCUGCCAUUCCACACGGAUAUGGGUUGCUCGAUACUAGCUAUGCAUGUUCGCUCAAGGGCGUCUUCUGGUGGCGAGCUGUGUUUGGUCUCUGCAGACGCUAUUCACGCCCAACUUCAAGAAGAAGAUCCAGAAGUGCUGGCUACGCUCGCUGCCGCGGAUUGGCCAGUUCAGGUAGCUGGGCAAAGACCCCCAUACAUCCUCGCGCCCCUCCUGCAGGAGCAUGGAGGCAAGCUGGUCAUCGCUCUGGAUCCCGCACGUAUCGGCCCACACCCGGCCGCACGUGCAGGGCUCGUGCCUAGCCUGCGCCCAGCCCAGCACGAGGCCCUUGCCUUGGUGCAGAAGGUGGCACGCCAACACCAGGUGAAGAUCUCUAGCUGCACGGGCGAUAUGAUCUUUAUCAACAAUUGGAGCCUGCUCCAUGCCAGGGAGGAGUACGACGACGGAGCAAGUUCCGCUCGGCAUGUGGUGCGGUUGUGGCUGCACGAUCCGAAGCUCGGCUGGGAAGUCCCUCCUCAGAUGCAAGUUGCCUGGGAUGCGGCGUUCGGGUUCCGAGCGCUCAAAGUGCCAAACCGGCUGUAUCCAGUAGCGCCCCUACCUGACUAUAUGGAACCCAAAUAUUCCAACGGCACAGCCGCCUUCGUUGUCGAUGACGACGACGAUAGCAAUGACUGGGCUGCUGUCAAGGAUGAUCUUGUUCACGAUCAAGACGGAGACGAGCAUGGGUCACACAUUGGCACGUCGACAGCGCGACCUUCUUAG